CACUCCCGUACGGACUACGGAGUACAGAACUCUAAAGAACAGCUCUCUCUUUGUGUGACCACUGAAUAUACUUUAUAUACCUCAGUCUCUCCCCGAAUAAAGUUAUAGAAAUGGCGGCUAACAAGCUGGCCCGUUCUUGGUCUUACAGUCACGGUACAAUAGAUGGAACGAAAACAAGCAAAACUGGAGGAGCUAUUCCUGGGCCUCAAGAAGAAGGAGAAAGGAAAGAGAGGCCUAGCUAUAAGCCAGGGAGAGCUACCAUACCUCACAGUCGUACAUUUUACUUCCCAUCAGCAAAGUCCAGUCCACUACAAGUCUGUGAUGCUUGCGGUCAGUGUCAUCCACCAACGAAAAACCAUGUUUAUGAUUAUGCUGAAGUUGUCGAUGAGGAUUUCCUUUGUGCCAUGUGCCACAAGCCUCUCAUCGAACCUGUUGAAACAGUCUGCGGACAUACCUUCUGUUAUAAAUGUCUCUUUGGGAGGAUACGGACAUCUCCAUAUUGCCCGGUGGAGAAUCAUCCGAUUUCAAGGAUAGACGGAGAUAUACAGCAGACUAGUUUCUUGGUUAGGAAGCUGUUGGAUAAAAUGAAAGUGAUUUGUCCUAAUACGGCUUAUUGUGAUUUGGUGAUGAUGCGCUCUGAGCUGGAGCCACACUUAAAAAGAACCUGUCCAGGUACCUACCUCUCCUGCCCAAGGAGAGAGAGGGGCUGUCUGCAUUUAUCACCACGUUGCCAACUGAUGGAGCAUCUCUGGUCAUGUAUGUACGGGGAAGAUUGCAUUAUGAAAUAUAAUAAAAAGCGUCAGAUUAAAGAGGGAGUCCCUACUGUGGUUGAGAUCCCUAAAGGUACUGAUCAGCUUGGAAUUGGUAUCAAGAAAUGUGGGAGGAGUGGUUCAAUUGUUAUUGAUGACAUAUAUGUAACUGGUAAUGUGUACAAGGAUGGGCGUAUUCUACCUGGAGAUGAAAUAAUUGAGAUUGAUGAUGUUCUCUUUAGACACAAGACUCUUGAUCAGGUUCGGAUUGCUCUCUCUUCCACGAAACCUCUCAUUAAAUUUACAAUCGUCAGAGUACAUGAUGAGGAAUACGAUCCAGCUGACAUUGAGGAGAUACACCUAGUGAGGGAUGAGUGCAGGCCACUGGGAAUACAGAUACACAAUUACAAGUCUCAGCCUGGUAUAUACGUGUACCAGUUGGUCCCUGGCUCACCUGCUUAUGAUCACGGCUCACUUCGUGUUGGAGACAGGAUCCUGGAGGUUAAUUACACUGAUGUCCGCCUGGCCAGUCUUGAUAAAAUAGCUAAUUUAAUGAUUGAAUCUUAUGGUAUUUUACAGUUAUUAGUUGGUCAUAGAUAUCAUCCUGAGAUUUAUGAUCCAGCGACAGUUUCCAUUUCCAAUUGUUCAUCUGCUUCUUCUGCUAAUUCAUCUCAGCCCGCCAAUCCUGCUCAAGUUGUUAACUCCUCUCCUAACUCCUCUGACGAGUGUCAGAAGUCAACAGAAACUAGGUCGGAGCUGGUUCAGAGCAAAUUGAACGAGAGAGUGAUGACGCCCACUGGCUAUCAUUUGGGAGAAGGAAAGUGUUUCAUUAUUAAAAAGACAAAUGAUGAGUUACUUGGUCUGAUUUUGGGUGGAGGGUAUCACGCAGUUAACACACUAACCGGGGACAGGAUUGAUCUGCCAAUAUUUGUGGGUGGCCUGAAUAAUGAUUGUGCCAUUGAAAUAGCUAAUAAAGUUCAGCCCGGUGAUAUUAUAGUCUCCAUUAAUAACUUGUCACUAGCAAAGAAGUCACUGAACGAAGCUUUGUUUAUCCUCGAGAGUAUUAAGAUUGGUAGUCUUGUGAGACUCGAGAUGAUUCAAGGUGACGGGUCUUGUCAGCAGAAUGGUGGCCUUACCCCAGAUUGGCGGGAUUUUGUAGAUUUCUAUAUGAAAGAAAGGAAAAGUCCACUUGAGUUUAGUCUGACCAUCUCUCGUGAAUCUAGUGCUAGUCUUGGUUUUAGUGUAGUGGGUGGAGUUGGCUCCGCCCAUGGGGACUGUCCCGUAUACGUCAAGAGGAUAGCUUCAAAGAGCAUAGCUAGUAAUGACGGUCGUUUAAAAUGUCAGGAUCAGAUAACAAUGGUGAAUGGUGUAUCGGUCGCUGGAAAGACGCAGGCUGAAGCUGUUGAUAUGAUUAAAGCGGUCACUGGUGACAUUACGUUUACCAUAAUACCUAAUGACUCUUGAAAAGGGGAAAGGAGACCCUUUUCACUGACUAUUACUGAGUCUUGUGUUGUAUAAUCAACAUGAGAUCUUUUUGUGUCACUUAUCUCUGUUUAAAAACUAAUAAUGAUUAACAACUUGUGUAUAACUUUAAAUAAUGUUUAGGAAACUGUUUAA